GUUGUACGUGUGGCCCGUUCCCAUUCAAGAAAACAUCCCAACUGCGUUUGAUGUUUCUUGAGUCAAACGUUUUUGGGGUUUAAUUCAGCAAUAAAGGAAUAUAUUUGUGUCAUUGACUUUGGGAAUCUUUAAUGUUUAUGUGUUGAGAGCCCCAAUUACUUCCCUGUUCCCCCACAGGAUUUUGUUUUUGGUUUCUUGGUGGGGGUAAUAUUCAUUUAUCGGCAUCAAUCCAUCGUCUGGGAGCACUGUAUAUAGCUUUUGUUUCGAGGAAGAGAGAAAGAUUCUUGAUUUCUAUCGAUUUUUUUAACCCCCACGAAAAAAAAGGUGUGAUUUUCUUUUUCCCCCUUUUUUUUCAAUUUUUUUUUUCUUCAAAAGGCUCAGCCUUGAAUUGAAAGCGUUGGGGGUUGUUGUUCUCCGAGGCAUUUCUUGGCGACGUUGCUUUUCUACAAAAUUAUUCUUUUCUUGAUCUGAGUGCUUUUUCGGCUACCACCAUCGCCGCUGAUUCCGGGGUCUGCAAUUAGCCACAAGUCUCACCCAAAUUAAGGCUUCCCCAGCAAUGCAGCAACAAUAAUUCGCCUAUGAGUUGGUUUAGCAAGAUUUUCAAGGGCUCAAACCAUAGACUUUCGGAGGGGCGGUAUGACUGGAGAUAUGGGGACGAUACAAGUGCAACAGAGAAUCCUCCAUCUAAUACUUCAUGGGAUUCAGUGUCGGAGAAUGAAGAUAUAGACCAUGCUAUUGCAUUAUCUCUUGCAGAGGAAGAACAAAGAAGAAAUGCUGCUGUUGAUAGUGAACAACAAUUGGAAGAAGAUGAACGGAUUGCUAGGGCUCUACAGGAGAGGUUGAAUAUCGAGCCUCCACCAGAGCCAGAAGGUCGUAGCGACGCUGGUGCUGGAAAUGUGUAUGGAAACGGAUAUGUUCCUGGAUAUGGAAACGAUGCUCUUUACCAGCCCGUACCUUAUCCCUAUUAUACAACCUUCAGGCUUUGUUCUGGUUGCAACACAGAGAUUGGCCAUGGGAGAUUUUUGAGCUGUAUGAAUGGUUUCUGGCAUCCUGAAUGUUUUAGAUGCCAUGGAUGUGGCAAUCCAAUAUCUGAUCACGAGUUUUCGAUGUCCGGGAGCUAUCCUUAUCAUAGGUCUUGCUACAGAGAAUCAUACCAUCCAAAAUGUGACAUCUGCAAUCACUUUAUUCCAAUGAACGCUGCUGGUCUGAUUGAGUAUAGGCAACACCCUUUUUGGGCACAGAAAUAUUGUCCGUGCCAUGAGCACGACGGAACUCCUCGAUGCUGUAGUUGUGAGCGAAUGGAAUCAUGGGAUUCAAGAUAUGCUUCACUUAAUGAUGGUCGAAAGCUCUGCUUGGAGUGCCUUGACACAGCAAUUAUGGACACUGAUGAAUGUCAGCCCCUUUUUGUUGACAUCCAAGAGUUCUAUGAAGGAUUGAACAUGAAAGUGACGCAGCAAAUCCCCCUACUUUUGGUCGAGAGACAGGCACUGAAUGAGGCAAUGGAUGGAGAGAGACACGGGCAUCAUCACAUGCCAGAAACUCGAGGUCUCUGUCUUUCCGAGGAACAAACAAUCAGCACUGUAUUGCGGCGACCAAGGGCAGGAGGAAGAAAUCGAGCUGCAGGAAUGAGAACAGAGCCUUAUAGACUAACUCGUCAUUGCGAAGUGACAGCAAUCCUCAUCUUGUACGGUCUACCAAGGUUACUGACUGGUUCCAUAUUGGCUCAUGAAAUGAUGCAUGCUUGGCUUCGACUGAACGGCUUCCGAACUCUUAGACAAGAUGUCGAAGAAGGCAUCUGUCAGGUCAUGGCUAGCAUGUGGUUGGAAUCACAAAUUCUAAACAUGUCUGAUAGUGACUAUGCAUCAACCUCUUCUUCCCCGGCCUUUCCAUCAUCAAGACAACAGCCUAGAUCUCCAUUGGAGAAGAAGCUUAGUGUUUUCUUCAAACACCAGAUUGCCUCAGAUACAUCUGUAGUAUAUGGAGAUGGUUUUAGGGCUGGUAAUCAAGCAGUGCUCAAGUAUGGGUUACAGAGGACCCUGGAUCAUAUGCGGGAGACAGGAAACUUUCCGUUCUGAAUUCGUAUCCGAGUUUAAAGAAUGUAUUGCUUGCUUCUUUACUUCUUACCAAAUUAUAUAUUGGCUUCUCUCAUGUAUUAGUGUUAAGAUCAUCAUUCCAUAGGAAAUACAUGUCGGUUUAAAAGAAAAAAAGGAAGAAGGAUUUGUCCAGCUCCAGAACAGGUUAGGGAAUCGAAUGUAGCCACCGUAUAUUGAAGUCCUUGACUGGCAAAAAACAGAAAAAAUAAUGAAAUUCAUAUUGAAUUCUCUAUUUUUUUGUGUUCGGAUAGUUUGUUUAAAGAAGCAAUGUUUACUUUCCGGCAUGAAGUCAUUAGAUCGAUGAAAGUACUGAUGAAGAGCUGAAAGUAGGUCCAGUUUCUAUGCUCAUAGCUUUGUUAGCUGUGUAUUUCGCUUUCUGUAUAUUGAACUGCAGUUUCUGAAGAAUCGAGACGACGUCAACCAUGUCUGGUCUUUCUGCUGGAUCCUGUGCCGAGCAGCUUAAGCUUAGCUUGGCAAUUUGGAUGGCAUACUCCAUUCCUCCAUUUUCAGCGAGGCGCGGCUCAAUGAAACAGGUCAGCUCAAUCUCAGCACUCUGUCUUUCCAUGAGAGCAGCUACCGAAGCCGAGAGUAGUCUUUCCCUGCCAUCCUGCUUGAAUAUUGGCCCUUUGCCGGUUAUCAAUUCAAGCAAUACUACUCCAAAGGCGAAUAUGUCAACCUUGGGAGUUACCGGACCGGCAUCAAGACACUCAGUUUGCCAUCGAGGAGAAUGUUUCUGGUGCUUAAGUUGUUGUGCAUGCGCACAGGGUUUGUGAAUUUGUGGAGAUAGAGAAGCCCGUUGGCCACAUCUAGCGCAAUACGAAUCAGUUGGUUCCAGCUCUUUUGGGAUUCAGAUCUUGUUCCGGCAAGCCAUUCCUGAAGAGUACCAUUUUCAACGUACUCGUAGAUGAGGUAUAGUUCAUCCCUGUGCUCGCAGAAGCCGUGAAGUUUCACUAUGUUGAAGUGAUAAAUCUGAUGCAGCAUCUUCACCUCAUUAUCUGCGUUUCGAUUUCUCUUCUUCACUGCCACAGCUUCUCCUCUGAACGUCCCACGGUACACGCUGUUGUUUAUUCUGUUUCUGCUCGUGAAAUCGCCCGUUGCCUUUUUUACUUCAUAGAAUUCGAAUCUGUGCAGUUUACUGUCAAGUUUCGCAAUCUCUAGAGUCAAGCCUUGUUCGGGAGACGUGAACUUCGAAUUUCUCUUGCGAUGCAGAAAUACGAAGACUAGGAAGAGAAGGACAGCGAGAGAGAAUGCUCCGGCAGCUCCGCCAGCGACCAAAAUAAGUUUGUAAGUUUUGUUUUUCCCAACAGCUGAAGUAGCAGGUAAGGUCGAUCGAGCGAUGUGAUGCCCCCGGUUCACUAUCUGUGAUCGUGACGGUUCGUGCGACAGGGGAAAUAGGAGUGUCGUGAAAGGAUAUAUUAUUGAAUACUCGUCGAGGAGAUUGUUGGCUUCUUUUACGGUCUCCAUGCUUACGUUGAACUGUUUACUCAGCGUAUAGAGAGUGUCGCCAACGCCGAUUGGGUAAGUCAACAAGAACUUAGUUCCCGACGCAGCUUGUUCCCUUGUCGGACACGCGCAUCGUAGGGGAAUGCUAAGCUCAUCGCCGCGGUGCAAAUUGUACUCGGACUUAUUAACGUUUGAAUGUCUCAGGGCAUCACAGGUCGAUAAUCCCUGGAACGUGUUGAGUGCUAGAGAUGAGUAUGUUUCGGAAUCGUCUCGGAUGUGGUAAGUGGUAUUGGCCUGAUAGUAUUCCCCUGAACAAGAACAGUUCACUGGAACAACGAUUUCUUGAUCGUCGGGAAAGGCUGGGCUGGUUCUUAUGCCGUUGGUUUCCAUAAUCUGGAACUGUGGCGAGGACGUAAGAGCUGCAAUGGCGGGAAGAGUGGUGUAGGGAGUCUUUGCUGUGAACAUCAGGAAAGCUUUGCAGGAUGGAUGAUGGCCGUUGCACGUGUAGAGUGUUUUUUCUUCGUGGGUUGUGCAUGAAUUUGGAGUGUAGUUUUGCUGCGAGACGACAGAAGAAAUGGGAAUUAGCAGGAGGAGGAGAAAGAUCCAAGCCAUGGUGGAGGUCUGUAUGUUUCUUCACUUUCAGUUGCAGGGUUAUAUAGAUAUUGAUCUUCCAUUGAAUGUUACAUGGCUGUCUUUAGUUGUUGGAAUUGGGACAAGAAACAAACGACAUUUAUGGUAUGAUGUUAUUGUAUUGUAUGGAUUAGAAUUAGAUUAGUUGAGUAAACGGCAGUCAAUGCAUGGAUUUGAUUUGAUUUGA